AUGCUACUUGACGAACUUUGUACAAAGCAGAGAGAAGAUAUGAUGAAAGAAGACAAAAACAUUCAGAAAAGAAUACCACGUUCGGUACCAAAAGGAAAGGAAAAGAACUAUAAGUAUAUGAUUUAUACUGAAGAUAUGGAAGAUAGUGACAUGGUUAUGUUGCAUUUAGUCAGAAGAAACAACAAAAGCUUUUACGACCUUGCUAAGAUUUACAAAUCUGACAGAAAUUGGUUCUAUCGCGAAAACUUACAGAUUUCAAUGACUCCAAAUGAAGAUGUGAAACAAAUAGUUCAAGAUACGUUACCUCAAACACACUAUGAUAUUAAAGGUUGUACAAUUUUUACCUUCAAAGAAGAUUUGCCAUUGUUAAAGGAAAAAAUAACAGAGUAUUUUGACAACUUCAAACAAGUAGGGUAA